AGGAACAGCAACAGGGUAUAAUCCAAUUGGAGCCCGAUAACUUUCUCUCGUCCUGGCUAAUUUUCCAGUGGCAGCUGAGAUCGUUUUUCGUGUUGUUGUAACAAUUCGCGACCCCUCGCGCAACGGUUGUAUUUCCCAUGUACAGUAAAAAAUUAUUUCGAACUCAUUUAUCAAUUUCGAUGUCCCCCUGACUUGUAGUUUGUAUCAUAUCAUAGUACUAUCCAGGAAAGCCAAAUUGCUUAUCGAAGUUCUCACUUAUUUUUGACGUGUUGUGUUGGAGUUCCUUGUCCUCCACGCUAAGCUAGCUUGUAGUCUGUCAGGAACUCGUCAUCAAACGAGCGCUCCAGGCCGUUUGUUCUGUUCGUGCAAAAAGUUCCAGUAGGUGUCGUGCUAGUUUGCUCUACAUCCGGGCGACGAAAAAAUACAAGAAGCGGCGGCAUCUGCCCAACACCACCACCACCAAAAGAUUACCAUGUCGGCCCCUACUUCUGUGGCGAACGCGCUAUCGCCUUCAUUGGCGCAGGGAUCUUUGGUGACCCCGGCGGAAUUGGCAGCGCUGCUGCACGCAACCAUUUUGGCCCAGAAUAUCUCGGCCACCGCGACGUCCGCCGAGAUGACCACGGUGCCGCCGGUUCUGUACGACGCGACGGAAGAAAAGGUGACGUGGACGGAGUAUUUCAGCCCCUCGCAACAAGCGGUGGCGAUUCUGGUGGAGUUUCUGCUGUGCGGGAUCCUGUUCGGCACCUUCCUCGGGUACUGCGGGCUGCUGUACGUGAAAACACCGAAGACGGCGGAGGGGCACCGCCUGCAGCUCUCGCAGUGGGUCACCAUGCAACUGAUGUUCUUCGGGUUCUACUGGUUUCUGCAGGCGAUGUUCCAUUUCGUGGACUACGGUGCGUUCGACGCCUUCAUCACCACGCGCCAAUGGGGCCAGGUCGCGUAUGGAUUGCAAAAAUGUCUGGGUCUGGAAGAAUGCAACUUGUGAUGCUAUUUUAAUUUUUGGAAUCUAGGAAAACCUGUAUUGCAUGAGCAGCAAGAGGCGUCCAGUUUUUGCUCCGCGGAGAGGGCAUUUGUCAUGCGGGAUAGGCAUCAAGAUACCCGCAAAAAAUCUGUCAUGCUAGGUCAUACAUUACAGGCAUCAUAGCCCAUGCGAAAUAUGCAUGACAAACCUGGAAAUCUUCCAGACCCAGACAUUUUUACAGUUGAUAUCGCGCCGGACGGCGCGAUCUACGAGUUCGCGGUCCUGGAUCUGGACAUAUCAAAUGUAAAAAUAUCUGGGUCUGGAAGAUUGCAACUUGUGAUGCUAUUUUUGGAAUCUAAAAAAAUCUGUAUUGCAUGAGUAGCAAACAGAAUGCAAUUUUUUCUACGUUGAGAAGGCAUUUGUCAUGCGGAAUAGGCAUCAAGAAGCCUUCAAAAGAUCUGUAUUGCUAGGGUAUGCAUCACAGACAUCAUGGCUCAUGCAAAACGUGCAUGACAAGUGUCAGAAUCUCCCAGACCCAGACAUUUUUACAGUUGAUAGGACACGCGGGACAACCACGAAAAGUUGCACAGCGAGGGCAAGCUCGAGUACGUGUUCCUCUACGCCGGCGUUGCGACGCUGAUGCUCGCCAUCUGGCACCUGUUCAUGGCACUGAUGGGGCGAAACCGGCCGCUGCUCUGGGCCUCGCUCCUCUUCGUUGCCUACCGCACGGCCUCCCACCUGGUCCUCUGUCUGCACGGCGACACGGCGGUGGGGUUGGAGCGCAGGUUCCUGCUCGUCGCCUGGUUCAUCCCCUGCGUCUAUCAAAAGUUGAUGUGCAGCCGGCCCCAGAAGGGGGAAGAAGUGUUUGCAUGGCAGAACUACGUCGGCCACUCAAUGGGAACACUUAAAAGAUUAAUACCACCUUGAUGCAUCAACAUGAUCAACAAUAAUCAAAUUCUUGUUGUUGAGCCAAAUUUAGAUAGCGACGUCCGUGGUGGCACUAAACGUGCAUAACUCGACGGACUCACCGAGCUGCUAAGAGGUCAUGCACGACAAUUGAUUGCCAUUGCGUUUGUGGUUGGAUUAGCAGGACAGCAUGGUAUAAUUUCCACGUGGAACAACAAACCUUUAUUGCAAUACAGACACUUUCUACUUCCUGGGGGCGGGGCUGCACUUUUCAGCUUGAUAGCAUCGAUUUGUGCCUUCUUGCGACACUGAUUUUCGCGUUUGGCGAGAAGAAUAAAUGGUGGAAUGUGACGGAGAUCAUGGAGCAGCAGAGCCUGGCUGGGCGCGUGAAGAAGAGGAAGUUGAAAGCGCAGCAGGACCAGAAGAUGUUCCAAGGAAUCUUGAAAGGGCAGCGGGUGAGCCACAGCCAUCCCAUGGGGGCCGGCUACGACUACACAGCGGGAGCAGAUGAAGAUGGUGACAACUUGUAUGGAGGGCACCAGAGGAGCUCGUACCAGCAAGCGCUUUUGGCCGCGGGUUUCGUGGGAGAUGAGGAGGCUCCGCUGGAGGAGGAGGAGGUGACGGAUGUCGAAGAUGUUGCUCUGGGCGACGAGGAGGCCGCUCUUGACGAAGAUGGACCGGGAGCAGAAGACCUGAUGCAAGCCCCAGAUGGCAUUGUGUACAUGACGGCGCCGGGGAUCGACGAUGCGGGGGCCUUCGAACCGCGGUCGAUCACGCACAUCUCCCCGUACAACUCCGCGCAGAAAGGUGCUUUCCCGGCAGACGGGGCGCCGGGGGACACGAAGCGCGGCCUGUUCUCGCUGCUGGCGGGCAAGAGCAAAGGCACCUUCGAAACCCUGGCGCGCACCAAAAGCGAUCUGGCGCGCGCCAACAGCAACCUGGCAAGCGGCAGCAAUGGCAAUCUCGGAUCCGCCGCGGUGGUUCCGUUUAUGGGUGUCGAGAAAAACCUCGAUGUGACGAACGCCGGCUACCAACCUGCGACUGGUUCAACGUCGGGGGAGUUUUUGACGUUGUCCGCACUGUCUUCCGUCGGCGACCCAGAACAAAACCGGAAAAGAUCGGCACGUCGUGCGUCAGAUCUUCAAGGAAGUACACCCAGCAGUGCGGUAUUUGAGCCCCCGCGGUCCGGCGGUGCGGACCGGCGGUCGAAGAAGAGCGCGCGCAACGAGAGUGUGCGUUCGCAGGACUACGUGGUGAGCUACCUCCCCUCCACCGCCUCCGGAGACCCCUCCGGGGGCAUGAUGAGCGUCCCGACGCCCGCACCCGGUACGGGGUUCGAUCCGGAGGGCGACCUGGAGAAAGCCCUGGCUGCGGACCUCAGCUUUGUGAUGAAAGCGGUGCCAGCGGCAGAUCCCGGCGCUGGUGCCUCCAGCGGGAUGUUUCCCGUGGGCAAGGGCGCCCUGCAGUCCAUGCAGCAGCCGCCGCUGGAGAGCGUGCUGCUGUCCUACCCGCCCGGCACAGACUUGAGUGGGGCGCAGUCGGGGCAGAGCUUGCUUCUGAAAUCGGCAAAACCGGCGGAGAAAGACAUGCUUUCGGGGCCGGUGUCCUUCGGACAGCACCUGCUGAAAUCGGGGACCCCGCAGAACGAGAAGCCCGCGCGGCCGGACGGGCGGAUGGACUGGAAGAGCAUGAUGUCCAAGUCUUCCGGCUCGGACUCCUCCAUGGAGACGGACGACGAGGGGGGACGCCGGCGAAAGGUGCGGCCGAAGAUCGUGCUCUCCCGCCCGGGGUCGCAUGCGUUCGGGCUGGGCACCGGCGGGGCGGCCUCCUUCAAGAUGACCCCGCACCACGACCACGACGCCCAUGAAACCGAUGCGCAGCGCCUAUCAAAAUGAAAAUAUUUUUAUAACACUGCCCCUACUUGUUAUCUCUUCUUCGCUUUUUUUUAAAUACGAGUGUACAACAUUCAUCCGAAUACAAACAAUUAUACCAAAAAUAACGCGGCCCGUUCUCGCAUGAUUUUUCCCUUCAUGUUUAGUAGAGAGAAGCGAUGGUGGUGGUCUACAUCAACCCCAUGUGGAUGAGAUGAAUGUUGUUGCGUGUAGAUUGAUGCAAACUGGUACUGGUUUUUGUCACGAUUAAGUAGGGGUAAGUAAACAUAUUUUUCAGCUUGAUAGUGGCUCCACCAACACAAGACGCACACGAAGGAGCGGCACCAGGACCACACCCACGUGUCCGCCAAGGGUCACCCGAUCCGGCUGGAGAGCGCGCUUCCGGGCUUUGGGGAUGACGAUUUUUUUUUCAUUAAGGAGGAGACCGUGAAGCCGGAAAAGGUGCGACCCCUGUCCGCGUCCGGACACGUAGGCUCGGCCCCGGACGCAGCAGCAGCAGCAGCCAUCGGGACGACCCAACAUCAAAACCGGACGGAGCAGCAGAACUUGAACUUGUCCUCUCCCCCCGGACAAGGCCCGGCGGACGCAGCACCCAUGAUCGGGACUUCGGCGGUGAGCUCACUGGGACGCAAGACCGACAAGCCCUACGCAAGUUCGCCGUUCAACGACAUGAUGGCGGCUUCGGACUCGAAGAUCCGCUCGAAGAUGUCGAAACGCGAAGAGAAGCAGACUACACAGGAGCAGCAACAGGAUCAUAGAGCUGCAGCUGCGUCUUCCUCUUCGAAACAUCACACGAUACUGCCAACCGGUGCGCCGAUGGUGGAGCGGCCGACGGGGCCCAGCGCGGGCGCAGGACAAGGGUCGGGCGCGGCGGCCAUCGGGACGUCGGCGCUAAGCUCACUGGGACGGAAGACCGACAAACCCUAUGCCAGUUCGCCCUUCAACAUGAGCGAUACGAUGAAGACGUCAGACGCCGGGAACAAGAGCCGAAAGAUGACCAAGAUCGAGGAGGAGCAGGGGCGUGCAUCCCCAUGCGCGAAGCAGACAAAGCCAACUGUUGCGCCGCCGGUGGGCCGGCCGACGGGGCCGAGGGCCAGCGCGGGAAUGGCGCUUGGAGGAAAUAACAGUGGCGCCACAAUGUCUUCAAUGGGUGCGCCGGUCGUGGGCCGGCUGAGCGGUCCGAGUGCGGGCGCCGGAAUGGCGCUCGCGGCCGCAAACACCAGCGCCGGACGACUGACCGAGCAGGUUGCGAACAAAUCACAGAACCGGAGCCAGAACAUCAAAACGGAUGAAAAUUAUUCGGACCAACAGCAACAAAACAGGAAAACGGAAAUAAAGCACCAAAAAAACGCCGGCGGGCCGAAGGAGAAAACCGGGAUUUUCAACGCCAAUUCGCAAGGGAGCCUGGUUCUGGGGAACUUUUACCGGAAAGUUGGUGAGGACGGGCAUACCAUAAAAAUCGAAAAUCCGAAUAUGUCCUUGAAUUCCUUACUCAGCGAGGGCACGACCGACAUUCGGUCGCAGAACAAGCCGCAGAGUGGCGAGGGGGAGCAGAGUCUGUUUUACUACGGCGAGCUGGCAGGAGGAGAGGAAGAACAGGCGCAGAGCUCCUGGGCGGAGGACCGUCUAUACCACCACCGUCCUCGGGAGAAUAACUCCGAGUCGCACGUCGUCGAGAUUGCGUAUGUGGAGAGCGGCAGCGAGGAGGAGGAGGUCUCAUCCGACCAGGAAUCUUCGGCUCCGUAUUCCGAAGAAAGCAGCGCGGAGGGUCAACCGUCCUCUAGCGACGAAGAGUAAAGUUCUCUCGGUCCGACGAAGUUUUUCAUAACAGGAGCAGGAGGAGAAGAGCGGCGCCGACGUCUGGCAAAUAAAUUUCGGCUCAUCUAACUACCCUCUACUCGUCUCUAAUACCUGAGAAUCUUAUGACAGCGAUGAGGCGCACGCGCAGCAUUUUUUUUUGUUCUGACUGUUUAUACAUAAUUCUGACUCGCAUUUUUUAUCUCAGCAUAAUAGAUUGACCCAGAAGUAAUCCCUGUACUUUUUGUUUCCCUCCCCGUGAAUUGAAGAACUUUGAACUUGUUGUUUUUGACAUUUUUCUCAUUCCCACUUUGAUUCCUUUAAUUCUUUCAUUAACAUCGACUAGUGAAGAAAAAUUUUCGACCCAUUAGCAGCGACUAGUGAAUCUCGUUUAGUCUCCCGAAUUCGUCAAGCACCAUCGAUUUCGG